AUGGACCUCUUCCGGCAGCCAUUUGACUCAGCGCCACGCUCCACGGCAUGGUUCAAGCGCGAUUGCAUCAUUCCAAAAUACAGAUACGAAAAACGAGGGCGCGAAGGAGUUGGCAAACCCCGGAAAUCCAAGCCUCAAUGGUCAGGGGAAGAGGAUAAGGUCAGGGAUAUCAACGAUUCCCCAGACUACAACCAAGCUGGGAUGUCCGCUCCGGCAGGUAUGUGGAGCCGGGAAGAGCUGAACUUGUCUGGUCGUGCCGUUUCUCCAGAGCCUCGCGAAUAUUAUAAUAUGUGUGUGGAUGUUGAGGUUCAAAGCGUGACCUUGCCGCAAGAUAGCAGGUACUUCUCAGACACCGCAAUUGCGGUCCUGGAAUCAGCAAUUACUACUGAGACGAGCCACGAAACAGGCCUCUCAGCCAAUGGGUCAAUGUCGCAGCAGGCGUCCUGUAUACCGAGUGAUGCGAUGAUUCCAGCAUGGUCGACACUGCGGAAUCCUGAAUUGGACCAUGCAGCCGCAUGCGGCACGACGACGUCUUUUCUCUCCUCUGUUAACCUGAUGCCCGCGGAACGAGCGCUUCUAGUGCAGUUAUCGAGUGCUUCCGGAUAUCUUGAUCCACUGGCGAACCAGGCAUAUUUUGAUUCGAGCGAGGACGGCGAUUACUACGCAGGACCAUAUGGACAUUGGAGCUCGCGAUCUUGGUUGUCUUGA